CAUGUGCCAUCUUAUUUAAACUAUCGAAUGAUUGUGUAUGUUCCGUUCAGCGAUUGCGCGAGUGCUAAAAAUUAAUUGCAACAUAAAUGGGUAAAUAAUUCUUGUUCAUUUGACCGUGUAAUGCUUUUUUAAUACGCGUGUACACGAUAGCUGUCAAUGAGAUGGGUCAACUAGCUAUUGUUCUUUAAUAACGCUAAUGGACCUAAACGGCGUUCGAAGGAUGUUGAGAAAUAUCGCGUUCUAACAAACGAAAUGUCCAAUCAUACGUAAAAUAACAAAAAAACCGCCUUCGCUCGUUGUAGCCUUAAACGCCGGUGAAAUUAAAACAAAACUUUGCGCGUUUAGAUUGUGCAAUUUUAAGUGACAUGAAGGCUAUCAUAUUUUGCUGUAAUGCGUUUCGAAUGUAAUUUUUAUUGCGUCCAACGGAAACAAUAGAACAAUAGAAACAAAUUAGUUAUGUAGUAAAAGUAGUAAAGUAACUACCUCCUUGAAUUUUAAUUUCUACUUUUGGGACGUUCUUUCUCAUAUACGUUUCACAGUUUUUUUUUCUUUUACGAUUAUUUUCUGUUGUGUUAAAAAAAUGAUAAUUUUGUUUUUACCGACUAUCUGGUAUUGAACUUCCAUGGAUUACCGUAGCAAUAACAUUAUUGAUUAUGAGAUCUUUUUUUAUAUACGCUUUACAGUUUUUUUACGAGUAUUUUCUGCUGUGUUAAAAAAAAUGAUAAUUUUGUUUUUACCAACUAUCUGUUAUUGAACUUUCAUGGAUUACCGGAACGUUAAGAUUAUUCAUAUAAAUUCGUACAUAUUACAUUCAUGAAGAAUUUGUAUUGUUUGCGAUUCGUGCAAAAAGUAUGAAGGCUAGCGGCGACUUUUCCUUCACUAACGUGAGUUAGGUUUCGCGUUCUUUCUGGGUAUAUAAGCGGCCGAAAGGCUUUGGUGUCUUUCAGUUCCUUACCGUAACGUGAUACGUGAAUACUGUAAAUUGAUACAGGUGUAUUUAUUGUUCCUUUCUUUUCUUUUUUUUUUUCAAUUCGCGAUAUCGCGAUAUGUGAUCAUACAUAUUUACGAAGAAAAACUGAAAAUACAUGCGUGUGGGCAGCUGCGGCGCUACGGUGAAAGUUGAGACUUUCACAGGUAUUUGAUUCAUAAUGGCCCCGGAAAUGAUAGAUCGGCGGAAAUGGCAAUCGAAAGGUAGCCAGUUUAACAAACUUAUUAAGAAACGAAUACCGAUCAUUGACUGGUUACCAAAAUAUAAUUCCGAAAAAUUUUUAAAUGAUGCCAUCGCUGGUAUUACUGUUGGACUUACUGUUAUGCCGCAAGGACUCGCUUAUGCAACACUGGCAGGAUUAGAACCGCAGUAUGGUCUCUAUUCUGCAUUUAUGGGAGCUAUGGUAUACAUAAUAUUUGGGUCGUGUAAAGAUAUCACAAUUGGACCAACUGCACUUAUGGCACUCAUGACUCAUGAAUACGUGCAGGGUAGAAAUGCAGAUUUUGCAGUAUUGCUUGCAUUUUUAUGUGGUUGCUUGCAGUUGUUAAUGGCUUCUUUACAUAUGGGAGUACUUAUAGAUUUUAUAUCGAUACCAGUCACAGUUGGUUUUACUUCUGCAACAUCUGUUAUAAUUGUGGUUUCCCAACUCAAAGGUCUAUUGGGAUUGAAGAUUUCCUCUCAAGGAUUUCUAGAUACGUUAACGAAGGUGUUUAGUAAUAUUCACACGGCUAGUCUAUGGGAUACUGGAAUGAGCUUCUCUUGUAUUACUGUUUUGUUAAUGUUUAGGAAAAUGAAAGAUAUUAAGUUUGCCUCCAACAAUGAAAAAUCAAACAAAUAUCACAAAAUACUACAGAAAAUAAUAUGGUUAAUAUCGACAGCACGAAAUGCUAUCAUUGUUAUCGUUUGUUCUACUAUCGCUUAUAAGUUCAACUCCGUAGAAUCUGGCUCUCCAUUCAUUCUUACUGGUCCGGUUAGAUCUGGUCUUCCACCUUUUGGUUUACCUCCAUUCUAUACGCAAAUUAAGAACGAGACCUUAAGUUUUACCGAUAUGUGUUCAGAAUUGGGUGCAUCCAUAGCAUUAGUACCCAUAAUUGGUGUUCUUGGAAAUGUGGCAAUUGCAAAAGCUUUUGCGAAUGGUGACAAAGUUGAUGCUACCCAAGAACUAAUUACUUUAGGAAUUUGUAAUGUUCUUGGAUCUUGCGCAAGUGCAAUGCCAGUUACUGGUUCUUUUAGCAGGUCUGCUGUGAAUCAUGCAAGUGGUGUAAAAACACCAAUGGGUGGUUUGUACACGGGAAUAUUAAUAUUACUGGCUCUGAGCCUGCUGACACCAUAUUUUUACUUUAUACCGAAAGCUUCUCUAUCAGCAGUUAUUAUCUGUGCUGUGAUAUAUAUGAUUGAAUAUCAAGUUGUGAAGCUUAUAUGGAGGACUAGUAAAAAAGAUUUGAUCCCAAUGUUUGUUACAUUUUUAUUUUGUCUAGCUAUCGGGGUGGAAUAUGGAAUAUUAUUAGGUGUAGGAACAAAUCUUAUAUUUUUAUUAUAUCCCUCUGCACGUCCUACGAUACACGUUGAUAAGUGUACAACUAUCUCUGGAGCUGAUUAUCUAUUAGUAACACCGGGAAACAGUCUUUAUUUUCCUGCUGUAGAUUUUAUUAAAAAAUCCGUUGGCAAUGCUGGAAGAAAACAGGGUUCCAGUCAGAUGCCAGUUGUAGUUGAUUGUAGAUAUAUUUUAGGAGCAGAUUUUACCGCUGCUAAAGGAAUAGCAACAUUAAUAAAUGAAUUUAAUAACCGAAAACAAGGUCUGUAUUUUUAUAAUCCACGAUCAGAAGUUAUUGCAGUAUUGAAAGGUGCAUGUGGGGAAGAAUUUCAACAUAUUUCUAAUCAAGAGGAAUUAUCAUAUUUGUUAUCGUCAUGUCAAGGUCAAACUUCACAACAACUUUUAGAAGUAACACACGAUAAAACUAAUGAACGUCUAAUGCUAGGUAAUGGAAAUGGAAAUCGAAAUGGACGUUCGUGUCAUGAACUUAGCGAAGUUACAACUACACUGUUACAUGCAACGGCUAGUUAGAAAAAUGGGAGGUAAUUUAUUAAAACUUCUUUAAGAAUGUAUUAUGUAUUUUCUACAUUUCAUUAAUAUUUUUCGCGUUGACUGAAAAUCUUGUGCAUUUAAUUUAAAUAAGCGUAUCAUUGUGGAAUUUCAUAUAAUACUCUUCAAUAUUAAGUAUGUACUAUCUAAAGUUAAAACGACAAAUAUUUAUUAAACAUGAGUUGUUAGGAAAAUCAUCGGCCAUAUAAUACAGUUAUGAGUGUGCGAUACCAUGACAAAUUUUAUAUGAGUUGUAAAUGUAAAUAUAUACAUAAAUGAAAUAUAUUGUUAUAAAUUCUA